CAUCAACACUGCUCAAUCUCCCCAUGACGCCCUUGUGACGCCACCGCACGCGGACGCGCGAUUCGGUGCUCGCAGCUCCACCUAUACAAGCGCGGGCACCAUCCCAUCUCGCGUCUCUGCUCGCUCAGCGGGUCAGGAUGGAUGCCCAGCGAGAGCUGCUGCUAGCCAUGGAGUCGAAUCCAGAUCGAGCUAGGCAUCCGGAUCACAAUGAGGAUUCGCAAAUGGCUUCAUCGUCAUCAUCAUCACCCUCACCCUCAUCCUCGUCCCCCUCCUCCUUCCCCACCCAAUUCACCCCUCCUCAUCCUCUUCGUCAAAGCUUGCACGAAUUGUCUGUGAGCCAUUGGUCUGAAGCUAUGCGGCCCCUAGAGGAUCAGGCUGGACCUUCCAAUUGGGCUCAAAGUCCUACGCUCAAACGAAGAAGGAGCGAAAGCCACUCUUCGUCCUCUCCUUCUUCGCCAGAGAGCAAGGGGGGCACGCAGAAACGUCCCUUUUUGCGAGCAAGGACGCAGACGCCUACAAACUUCAGGUUAGCGAACGAGGAGCAACGAGCACAGCUGCUCGUCGCAUCCGCGCACGAUAGCCCAAAUCGACAUGCGCGCAUUCUGCUUCGCCACGAUAGCGCUUCAAACACUGUGUAUGCGCACUACGAUGAUGAGGCAUCCUCGUCCUCAGUCGAGUCGGAUCGGGUCAGGAUGAGUGCAGCUGCGGCUGCGGUUGCUGCACUGGGAAUGGGAAUGGACGAGGAUCUGGAUGCGAAUGGCACGGGUAGGAGAGGACAGCAGGCAUUGUCGGCUGCAUUCUUGCAGCCUGCGCCGAGCGAGCAUUGGACGCGGCACUCGACUGCAGGCCCUGGGUCUUUGCCAGAGCAGCUAGGAGAACCAGCAGCGUGCGGACAUGUGCCGCGUGGGGACGCCAUGGACGAGGUGAGUGGGACUUCAUCAGUGUCCUCCGAAUGGUGAUUGUUCGCGCGUUUCCCAACACAGAAGGGAUGAUAGAUGACUGCCAUGCAGGGGAAUCGAUGCGCACGCUGACGAUCAUGGGCCCGCGCUUCGACUCAGGACACGCCACCUACCUUGACCCCACCCUCUGCACCAUUUGCCCGAUGGAGCUCCGAGUCCACCUUGCCACAAAGUCCCAUACGCAAGUCGGGCU